GCCUGGUCUGCUCCCCACUCUGUCUCUGUGGCUCCCAAGCUUUCCAGAUCUGAGGUCCUGCGCAGAUACACAUCAUGGAGUAAUGACACCGGUGGUGGUCUGGAUCCUGUCCCUCCAGUUUCUUCUAGAGCCAGCUGUGAUCGUGGGCAGCCAUGAGCGGAAUCCUGUCAACACCUUCCGGGACUUAAACAUUGACUAUCCCAGAGUGAAAAAUAUAGAGGAAUUCCACAGCUACUGUAAUAUUCUGAUGUCCUAUGUACGGGGUAAAAAGCAAAGCUGGUUUUGUCCAAAGGUUCAUUAUUGGAUACAUGCGCCCUGGAAAGUCAUCAAAGGAUUGUGCAGGCACAGUGACAACUUCUGUGAGAGUUACAAUGAAUUUUGUACAUUCACCCGGGAAUCCUUUCCAGUCACUACCUGUACUGUAGCCUUCAAAGAGCAGCCUACCAGCUGCAACUACAAUACCUCCCUAUCUAACCAGAGGCUUUGCCUGCUCUGCUCUGCAAAGUAUGAGGCCAAACCCAUAGGUAUCUUUGGUACCUUUUAGGAAAGGUUAGCAUCUAAACCAUUCCCCACUGCUACUACACACUAGCCUGUUCCACCCCUAAAAUUAUGACUCCUGGCUCAAGGCUUCCUCCCUUACUUCAAAGACAGGCAGGAUCCCUUCCCAGGAGACCAGGAAGGUAAGAGAAAUAUCCAGAACGUUGGUCACCAUGCAGAGUCUUACUGUCUUCUAGGCUCUUUCCAACUUGUUUACCUCCCCUUCCUCCACCCCCCCCGUCCCACAGACAGUCUCACCCACCCAAGAAGCUGACUGUGUCCAGUUGGCAGUGACUGUCCGUCGACUGGGCCAGAUUUUGAAUACUGGAUGGAGGCCCAGAGCCUCAGCUCACACCAUGGCAACAGGCACCCUGCUCUGUGUCUCAGCCCCCCACCCCCACCAGUCCUUCCUGUCCAGGCUUUCCCAAUUUCCCUUACCACUCCUUCCACUCACUCACCCACAGGGUGGGUGUCCCUGGCCAGAAGAGCCUCCCUGACACCUUUCUGCUAAUUUUAGCCUUGCCUCCCUUUCAGCUCCCAGUCUGUUCCUUUCUAUGAAAGCAUUGAUUUUCUCUUCAUGCCAGCGGUCCUGAUUGCCCUCCUGCUCUCUGGACCCCGGGGCAGUGUCUCCCAGACACCCCAGCCUUCCUCUACUCUCUGACCUUUGAUCCUUCUCACUUUGAGCCUCUGGGAUGUCAAGUUAGCUUCUCUGACCCAUUCCUUUUUCUCCUUUCCUACGGUUCCUCCUGCCACACCCCCCAACUCCAGGAGCCCCACUAACAAGGCAGGGGUGAGGUGGGUAGUUGGAGUCACAGAAAGUUUAAAACCACACCUGAGUUUUGUAGGAUAGAACCAUUGGAAACUGGGUGGAAACAUGGCUCUGUCUGUACUGUUUUUGCAUUUCCUUGUGAAUCUAUUAUCACAUCAAAAUUUAAAAAUCAA